GCGUUCUCAAGGCGCUAAAUCGGUAUUGGGAUUUUGAUUUUUGAACUUCUCCAAAUUCGUUCGGAUCAAAGAGGAAAUCAUAGACUAUCCAGUUUGGAAGGGCUGGAGACUGGAGUAACAUGUCCGGCGCACGGGAGUGGAAGUGUGGAACACACCCUCAGUAUACCGCUUCCAUCCGUGUCAUAAAAUUCGCCGGCGCAUCCGGAAGAAGCGAUGGCGACUGACUUCUCCAGGAGUCGCUAAAAUCCACCAGCACACACCUUCGUCACAAGCAAAGCAUCAGCAUUCAGCACCACCAAUGGGCAGCGGCCGGCUGCGGUGGAGGCCAUUCACGGCCUUCGCUUCCUCCUCGCCGCCUUCCUCCGCGUCGUCGUCACCGUCCUCUUCGUUCACGGUGGACCAGCCAGCGGAGUUCCUCUGCCCCAUCUCCGGCAGGCUCAUGGCGGACCCCGUCAUCGUCCCCCCGGGCCAGACCUUCGAGCGCGCCUGCAUCCAGGCCUGCGCCGCGCUCGCCUUCUACCCUCCCGUCGUCGCCGCCGAGGUCCUCCCUUCUUCCCCCCCUCUCGUGCUCAUCCCCAACGUCGCCCUCCGCAGCGCCAUCCUCAACUGGUGCGACCGUCUGAUGCUGCCCCACCCUUCCCCUCUCCCCCUCGACACCGCUGGCCACAUCGUCCGCCGCCUCAUGCCGCCGCCGCCGCCACGCCAAGAGCAGAGGCCACCCCCGCCGGCCAAUUCGGUUCGGACAAGAAACCGCUACAGCUACGGCGGCGACGAGUUCCUGCAGGAGCCGAAUCAGACGACGGGCCGCGGUUCGCUGGAGGAGGAGAUCAUGGCGGUGCUGGCGGCGGAGGGCGCGAGCCCGUCGGAGCUGAAGGCGGCGAUGGCCUCGUUACGGCAGGCGACCCGGGAGAACAGGGAGAUGCGGAUCCAGCUCUGCACGCCGCGGCUGCUGGCCGCGCUGCGGCCGAUGCUGCUGUCCGGGGACGCCGGCGUCCAGGUCAACGCGGCCGCGUCCAUGGUCAACCUGUCGCUGGAGGCGGAGAACAAGGCCCGGAUCGUGCGGUCCGGGGCCGUGUCGCCGCUCGUGGACGUGCUCCGGUCGGGCCACCCGGAGGCGCGCGACCACGCGGCGGGGGCCAUGUACAGCCUCGCCGUGGAGGACGAGAACCGCGCCGCCAUCGGCGUGCUCGGCGCGAUCCCGCCGCUGCUGGAGCUCUUCGCGACCGCGAGUACCCAAACAGCCGUCGGACACCGCGCGCGGCGCGAGGCCGGGAUGGCGCUGUACCACGUCUCGCUGGCCGGGAUGAACCGGUCCAAGAUCGCCCGCACGCCAGGGGCCGUGCGCACGCUGCUCGCCACGGCGGAGUCGGCGCCGGCCCGAUCCGAAGCCGAAGCCGAAGCCGAAGCCGGAGCCGGAGCGGAAGCCGAAGCCGCGGCGCUAAGGAAGCUGGCAGUUAUGAUCCUGGCGAACCUGGCGGGCUGCCCGGAAGGGAGGGCGGCUCUGAUGGACGGCGGCUCGGUGGCUGCGAUUGUCAGGCUCAUGCGCGGCGGCUUGGCCGCGCCGGGGAGCGCGGAGGAGGAGUACUGCAUAUCGGCAUUGUACGGGAUGAGCCGGGGCAGCCUGAGGUUCCGCGGGCUGGCGCGCGCGGCGGGGGUCGAGGCGGCGCUGAUGCCGGUGGCCGAGGGCGGCGGCGGGGUGGGGCGGGACAUGGCGCGGCGCACGCUCCGGGCGAUGCGCGGGGAGGACGACGACGCGGGGAUGCUCGCGGCGGCCGGGAUUCUCGGGAGGGAAUGGGACGACGACGGGGGGAGCGUCGUGUCGGAGGGGCUCGUCUCGCUCCGGCGGCCGCCGCACCACCGGAGCAACUACGCCGGGCCGUCCGGGUCAAACACCACACAGUUCUGAAAAAGUCAAAAGUCUUCGCUUGUCUCCUCUGCUCUUGUUUUUCGUUUUUUUUUUCAAGUCUCUUGAACUGUAUUUACCAUAUAGCCUACUUUCGUGCUGUAAAAACCUCUGUUGUUCGUGUCUUCGAGGUGAAUUCUUUCAUUGGAGUUGAAGUGUAGCUUUAUUGGGUCGAUGCAGUUUUUCAUGAUUUGCAACUGAAAUGUAGAAUUGUAUAACUGUGAUUAAAGAAGUAUUCGAAGAAACUAAGACACUACUGCUACUUUGGUGUGGAUCA